CUAUAAAAGUCGCAGUCUGAGCCCAGUUUGUCAUCAGUUGACAAUUAUCAGUCAUUAGCUUAGCUUUCUAUCCAGCUUCCCGCCAAAAACAACCAACAAAAUGUUCAAAGUUCUCUUCGUGCUCGCCGCCUUCGCCGCCGCCCAGGCUUAUGCCUACCCCGGAGUGGUAGCCGUGGCCCCCGUGGUGGCGCACCCCGCCGUGGUGCACACUCCCAUCAUCCAUCAUGGCGCCCACUCGGUGCACUCCCACGUUGUGCAUCAUCCGGCAGCCGUCAAGGUCGUCACACCCGUUGUCCACCGGCCCGUGGUGGCGGUGCAUGCCGUCAAGCCGAUUGUGCCUUUGGUUCCAGUGCAUCAUGCUGCCCCAGCUGUGGUUGUGCAUCAUUAACCGGACUAACCACCGUACCACUUUCCAGUCCCAGCCCCAACCCCAAUCCCAAUCCUUGUCCAAUUCAAUCCCCAGUACCCGCCAUGACCCCGACCACGACCCCUAUCCUGAAACCGAUCCCACAAUAAAAGUUCAUAGCCAUGUAA